AUCAUGUGCUCAAAGCACAACUAUUCAGUCACAGACCGUACAGUCAUAGAUUCUGUCAGAGAGUUGGGCAUUAUUUCCAACGUUUUCUGUUCAACUGCUUUACCUUGAGCACACUGAAUAUGAUUAAACUUUUCUUUGGAUUUGUCUUUGGAUAUCUCUCCGCAGUUUCACAGCUUGUGAGUCUCACAGGUACACAAGCUGAAUGUCCUGUUCAGAUCAACCCACGGAGAGUUGUUGUGAGGUACGGCGGUUCUGUUGCAGUUAGCUGUAGCACUUCAGUCCCGCAUCAAGGGAUAGGAUGGGAAGCCAGUGAGGGAGCAGUGCCCAUGACCAAAGACAAGAAUCUGAUCACAUGGAGAGUGUCAGAACUGAAAGAAUGGGUCAUAAAGCCAAUCUGCUUCAUAAACUAUAAAACAGGCGAGCCGUGUGAAGUAAAGCUCCCAGUCACUGUUUACAAGACUCCAGACAGUGUGUCCAUCAGCACUGUGGAUCACAGCGGACCAAUGAUGGAGGGAGAGCAGUAUAAGCUCCAGUGUGACGUACACAAUGUGGCUCCUGUUCAGUAUCUCACUGUCAAAUGGUACAAAGGAGAGACUCUGCUGAAUCAAACCACCUUCACUGACAGCAUCGAGACUCCAGUGAAUGAAACCGUCACACUCCAGAUCCGUCCAGACAGAGAUGAUGAUGGAGCUCAAUACCGGUGUGAAGCAGAGCUGGAUCUGGGAGCAGAAGGACCUCAACCUCAUCCUAAAAGUUUAUCAAAACCUCUUAAUGUUGAAGUACACUAUAAACCACGACACUCCAAUUCAACAGAGACCAUCAUUAAAAAGGAUGAGGUUAUUCUAGAUUGCACAGUGAAGGCAAACCCGGCUCCUAGGUACACAUGGCGCUCAGAUCAUCUGGAAGAGGAGAUCAGCUCCUCAGUGCUCAAGUCCUCCACACUCAGUCCAGGAAACUACACGUGCAUCGCCACAAACACUCGGGGAAGCAACAGCAAAGUGUUCAUCGUCAAAUCUACAGGUGGGUUGAAAACUAAUAGCAGAGUUAGGAUCCUUGCUGUCUGUGGGAGGGUCAGAGAGCUCUCGAAAUGCAUCAAACAUAUCUUAAGUUGUGUUCUGAAGAUGAACGAAGGUCUCACAGGUUUGGAACGACAUGAGGGUACACAAGCUGGAUGUCCUGUUCAGAUCAAUCCACGGAGAGCUGUUGUGAGGUACGGCGGUUCUGUUGCAGCUAACUGUAGCACUUCAGUCCCGCAUCAAGGGAUAGGAUGGGAAGCCAGUGAGGGAGCAGUGCCCAUGACCAAAGACAAGAAUCUGAUCACAUGGAGAGUGUCAGAACUGAAAGAAUGGGUCAUAAAGCCAAUCUGCUUCAUAAACUAUAAAACAGGCGAGCCGUGUGAAGUACAGCUCCCAGUCACUGUUUACAAGACUCCAGACAGUGUGUCCAUCAGCACUGUGGAUCACAGCGGACCAAUGAUGGAGGGAGAGCAGUAUAAGCUCCAGUGUGACAUUUACAAUGUGGCUCCUGUUCAGGAUCUCACUGUCAAAUGGUACAAAGGACAGACUCUGCUGAAUCAACCCACCUUCACUGACACUAGCAAGACUCCAGUGAAUGAAACCGUCACACUCCAGAUCCGUCCAGACAGAGAUGAUGAUGGAGCUCAAUACCGGUGUGAAGCAGAGCUGGAUCUGGGAGCAGAAGGACCUCAACCUCAUCCUAAAAGUUUAUCAAAACCUCUUAAUGUUGAAGUACACUAUAAACCACGACACUCCAAUUCAACAGAGACCAUCAUUAAAAAGGAUGAGGUUAUUCUAGAUUGCACAGUGAAGGCAAACCCGGCUCCUAGGUACACAUGGCGCUCAGAUCAUCUGGAAGAGGAGAUCAGCUCCUCAGUGCUCAAGUCCUCCACACUCAGUCCAGGAAACUACACGUGCAUUGCCACAAACACUCGGGGAAGCAACAGCAAAGUGUUCAUCGUCAAAUCUACAGGAUUCACACCUCCUACAGUGUCAGCUGACAGUUGCUCGCUAGAGAUAUCUCCCUCCAGAGUAGUGGUGAAAUUUGGGGAUCCGGUGUCGGUCAGCUGUGUGGCCUCUCGUCCAGUACGCGUGCUGGGAUGGGAAUCGGUCAUUGCCGCAUCGCACACUCAGAACGACCUCAGCGUUCAGUGGCGGGUGGACAGUUUGACUGACUGGAUUGAGGAACCAAUCUGCUAUGGUGUUUUUUUCACUGCACCCAGACAGUGUGAGGAAAAACUCAACCUGGUUCUAUACAAGAAACCAGACAGUGUGUCCAUAAGUUUAGUGAAUCACAGCAGUCCAGUGGUGGAAGGAAGAGAGUACCAGCUACAGUGUGAGGUGCAGAACGUCGCACCUGUCCAGUACCUUGUUUUACGAUGGUACAGAGGAAAAACUGAGGUUUACAACCACUCGUUCUCAGAGUUAUCCCCUGCAACACCGGUCCAGGUGUCCUCCACCUUGCUGAUUGUCCCAAACAGAGCUGAUAAUGGAGCUCAAUACAGGUGUGAAGCACAGCUGGAACUGGGAGCAGAAGGACCUCAACCUCCUCCAACAGUUCAGUCUGAAGUUCUCAACAUUGCUGUUCAAUACCCGCCGGACUUCCGCAGUCCAGAGGAAGAGAUGCUGGACAUCAGUGAAGAUAGUGAAACGGUGCUGGAUUGUACUGCGGAGGGUAACCCACCUCCUGUGUAUGUCUGGACCUCCUCAAACCUUCAGGACAAGGCUGAUAAUCAGCCUGUUUUGAGAGCUGCACCUUUGAGCCCAGGAGUAUAUACAUGCACUGCGUCCAAUAUCCUGGGGAAAAAGAGCAAACAGUUUAUCAUCAAGCACAAAUCCAAAGGUGUUUAAGUCCAGAGACCUUGAGAACGAACCGAAGACAUAUAGUUCUAGAUGGUACGCUCAGGACUUUCUGGACAUGGGAGAUCAAAAUCUAGCUUGGCUCUUUGUUACAUUUUAGAUGUAUUUUUAGGGGACUCUCUUUUCAGGGUGAUUAUGAUUUGUUAAAUAUGAGAGUCAAACCUAUGUGUAAAAUCUUAGUAAGCUUUAUUAAUAUUGUGUGCAAGAUAAUUUUAACAGAGCAUUUGUAUGUCCCAUGACACACUGUGAUGGCUCUGAUAUUUUAAUGUUUUUGUAGAUAUUUACUCA